AUGGAUUUGCUACUGCAACUAAUAAAUAUAACGGCUCUUGAUAUGAAAACUUGGCAGCUGCACGAAUUAAACAGCAUUGUAAGAGCUGCCGACACUUCAACCGAAAUUUUAACUUUGGCCAUAUUUGGAGAAUCUCAUAGAAUUGAGCAGUACAUUCGAGUUGCGGAGACAAAUAUUAUACCGAAGUUGGUGAUAACACGAAAUUAUGGUGACAUCAGUUUUAAUCAUGAAUCGGGUCUAAAUCGAAAAAUAUUCUUUAUAGCCGUGGCAGAAUUGGAACGUAAAGCCUUGUGGAAUCAUUUGAAUAAUGCCUUCCUAGGAAGACAGAGUUAUGCAAGAGGUGUUUUUAUUACCAAACGUUCCAGAAGGAAAGACUCACGCUUGGAUUUGGGCGAGCACUUUGAAUGGUGUUGGAAAAAAGGCUUCACCAAUGCUUUAAUACUUGUGGAUAAUGAGAAAUAUUAUCAGCAGCAUUAUGAAAUUUAUAAUUAUAAUCGCUUUCAGCGCCAGCAAAUCACAAAUAUGACCAACUUUAGCAAAUUGCAAUUGUAUCCAGACAAAUUUCGCAAUUUACAUAAAUUUAAAAUAAGGACGUUUGCUCAAUAUGAUCCACCAAGAGUAUUUGACAAGCGGAAUUGUAUGCGCAAGUAUAUGAAUCGCUUACUCGGUUAUGUAGCCACAUUAUAUGAAGCAUUCCUCAAGGAAUAUAAUGCCGAAAUGGAUUUGUUGUAUUUUUCUACGAAUAAAAGUUACAGCAUAAUGGAAAUUAUGCAAAUUGUUGACAAUGAUGAAAUUGAUUUGGCCAUAAAUCCCUAUAUACCCAUUAAGAGUGUUCAUCUAAGUUAUCCGCUGCGUAUGCUGCAAAGAUGUGUGGUGGUACCCUAUCCACAGGAACUAUCCAAAUACAAGUUUUUCAUUAUGCCUUUCGAAAGCAAAGUGUGGCUUAGUUUUUUGGCCACAUGGUUCAUCUUAAGCUUGGCGAAAUUUUUUGGUUGGUUUUUAAAGCAAUCAAACAGCAGUACACUGGAUGUGGGUGAAAUACUUUUAGAUGUUUGGAGAUUGAUGAUGUAUUUACCCUCGUUCACAGUUUGCAGCUAUAAAGAUUUCAAAUGGUUUAAUGCUGUGUGGUUUAGCUUUAUAACCGUUAUGGGUUUUAUUUUCUCCAAUUUGUAUAUGGCCUCGCUGACUAGUUUCUUUUCGGGUCUUACAUUUAAGCCUACAAUUAAUACUCUUGGCGAACUGAUACAACGCAAUAUAACAUUGGAUGUGGUGGACUAUGAAAUUCCCACCAUUUUAAAUAAUCGUGAUUUACCUAAAUAUUUUGCUGAAUUGUUACGUGCCCGAAAUGCCUCGGAUUUGAUAAACGAUAUAAUGGCUUUGCAUGCCAAUCACUCUUAUGCAGCCCUAGAAGAUCGCAUAAUAUUCUCUUUGAAUCAACAAAUCCACUUACGCCAACCCGUGAGUCAAGUGGUCAAGGAGUGUUUAACCACCAUGCCCUUUGGAUUUCUGAUGCCAGCUCACUCACAAUACGAAAAGCCUUUAAAUCGUUUCAUUUUAAGAUCCGCAUCGGCAGGGUUGAUAGACAAAUGGUAUUUUGAAGCCAUACAGGAUGGCUAUUGCUCGGGUAUUUUAACUAUGCGUAUGCCACUACUGAAAGUUGCUCGACCUUUAACUUUGGAACACUUUCAAUUCGGUUGGUUUGUUUUGGCCGGUGGUUAUGUGGCGGGCAUAGCAGCCACACAACCACGAGCUGCCGAGAUGUAA